AUGGAUAAAUUGAGCACACCGGAGCUUCCGUGGGCCAGAGUCGGUCCUGUCCGGGAUUCUUCCGCAGUACCUAAGCUCCCCGCUCGCCCCAUGGUGGAGCGAAGUGUUGCUUCCUACUGUUCAUCAUAUCAGAGCCUCGUGUUUCCGGUCAUCAGUAAGUCACUGUUCGCCAAGACCCUGGACCUCGCGUACGGACCACACCGUUAUGGUUCCGACAGUGCCAAGUCGUGCAUCUAUGCCUUAUUGUCGGUGGUGGCGAUCUUUGGCCUGGAGAAUGACCUGGGCGAUGCACUGGACUGCGAGGCGUAUGCGUAG